AUGCCACGACAGAUCCCGCCUAGCCACAAGUUGGUGUUGGGUGAAGCUUUCGUCAAGGGUCUUUGCACCCCUCUUGAUCCAGCACAGAGGCAAUUCCGAGGCGUGAGAGAAGAGGAUAUUCAUUUGACAGGCCUGUCCUCUGCUGCGCUCACAAGACUCUUGCAGGCCGACUACCAUGAUAUGAAGACGCCGCGGCGAACCCGCAAGCACAUCAAGGCCUAUUUGCAGUUGAGCCAUAUCGCGCAAGCUGGUGUGCUUGCCAGGAAUGGAGUUUAUGUUUAUCAACUCGAGCCGGAAGAUCCAGACUGGGUGCAACCAGAUGAGGACGACUGCAGUCUACAUUCGGAGGCCGACUGGGGGGAGUCCGCUGAUGGUGAUAGCCUGGCCUCUGUGUCGACCAUAGAUGAUUUGCCUUACACACCGCGACCGACAAAGAUGGCGCGGCUGCGUGGGAAACAGGUACAAGCCGGGCACCUGGAGCCAGGCUACAAGGCAGUCGUUCCCGUGAAGGACGACUCGUCCCGCUUGCCCAGGGAGCUUGGCCGACCAUUGUGGGCUGUGGACUUCGGCAUGCAGCUGGUGAAGCCUGCCUUGCUGCGAAAGUUUGGCGACACUGCGGGCCUGCCCAGCUCCUUGACUGCUGUUGCUGGCAGGGAAACGGGCACCGUAUACUAUUCCGAUGGCCCACUGGCCGGCAGCCCGACAGCCAUGUGGUUGCUGCAAGCAGCAGGCACUGUGUCAAGCGCUUAUGCUCGGAUGCAACUGCUUCUGAGCACGCUUGAUCGGCAGGUGCCUAUGCCGCCAGGAGAAUAUCAGAUUCAAGCCGAACCUGAACUUCGCAAUUGGUUUGGUGUAGACCCGGAUGAUGGCAUGGCUCGGGUAAGUCUUGACUGCGCCUCUAAGCUUGGCCUUCUGACUGGUCGUGAGCAAUUGUCUAUCCAGCUGGAUGGAGAUGCUGUGUAUCACCCAUACCAAUUCAGAGGCGUCUUGAAGUUGGCCGACGGGCGAACGGCGCUGGUGAAAGGCAUGAUGGUCAUCGACGUGGGCCUGGAGUCCGAGAUGAGGAUGCCCGACUCCUGCAUCAAGAUUUGGAGCACAGCAGGGCUGCCUCCGGAGGCCUACGGAUUAGAUCUGACUCACUGCACGCGCCCUAUGGCGCAACCAAAGCUCAGUCCGUCCUUGCUCACGAUGUUGAAGGCCCGCGUUGCUUUGGUUCCUGUGUGGGCCGACGCCGUGAGCUGGAGAAGGCGUUGGACGCUUUUGUGGCGGACUGCAAAGAGGUCUGAAGACCUCUGGAAGACUCACCGCAUUGAUGUGCAGAAGAUCGGCUGCACGGUGCAGGAAGGCGAGAGCCCGGAUCCUACGGACAUCGCGAUACUUACACAGGAGAUGGAAGAGCGCAAUCCUCACACAGUGAACCACGGCACACGUGAGUCUCUGGAGCGUGGUUCUUGCAGUGCCUGGGGCUCCUAUAAAUCUCAGUGGCGCAAGCCGAGACUAACCAUACCUGGCUCUGGUUGCACGGUCACAGCCCUCAGCGACUGGACCGGUCGCCUGCGCAAUCGCGAAUGCUACAUCGUCUCUCAGCCCUGGCGCAGCUCCUCCAUGAAAAGAUCCCGGCUGAGAGCAUGCCGAAUCCAGUUUACAGCCGGCCUCCCGAACAAGUUCAUCUUCAGCAUGUACUGGGAAGAGCUCAUCGCCCGCUUCACCCACGCUGAGCGAUGGGCCAUGGUGUCCUACAUCAAGGUUGAAUCAGCUCUGCUGGCGAACCAGAUCGGCGAAGGAUGGGCCACGCCAGAUCGUGCCAUCUCCGACACAUGGGUGCCUUACCAAGCCUAUGCCAGCACGUGCCUUCAGUUUGCCAACGGAGAAUUCUGGCAAUCCGAGCGUCUGGAGUACGAGGAGGAUGCUCAGAAGAAAGUCCCCGGUGCUGUGAAGUUCCUCCCGUACAUGCCAAGUAACAUGCAAUGGACAGACCACGAGAAGGAGCCGCUGCGCAUGAGCCGCGGAAUGGUGAUUCAGCGCGUAUACACCUUGCCUUAUGACUCUCCCAGCCGCGUCAUCGAUACUGCGACGCACGAGGCCUAUGUGACAUUCCUCACGUGCACAAGCGCUGCUCAGUGCCGGGACGCUGCGCAGAGACUCAAGUUUAUGGUCGGAGACGAUCGUCGCCUGAGUGCCCAUACUCUCCGAGAUGUCUUUGGCCAGCUCUGCGUGGUCUAUGUCCUGGCCAAGCGGUGCCAGGGAUGCACGGUGCUCUGCAACUGCUACAACAUCAAUGGCGAUUGUCCACAUUGCACACUCGUGCGGUGGCUGGAAGGCCCCGAGGACGGCGAGGAGCACAUGAAGGUCACCUUGGCGCCACUCAAGGCAUUGUGGCAGGUCUUCCGUGAGGGCAUUUCUAACCAGAACAACGAGGAGACCUUGACCGGGGCAGCACGCCUCAAGAUGCUUGACAACAUCGGCUCGCAGCUCGGAAGCUCUCACUUUGCCGACCGCUUCUCGGCUGGCCUUCGCGUCCAGCGGGCGGCCAUGACGUGGUCUGAGGCGAAGCACAUCGGUAUUGUCCACGUCGUGCAUGCAUACCAUAAAGAGGAGGCGACGCCGCUGCCAUUGAAAGUGCUGCUGAGUAAGCUCCUGAAGCGAUGGCAGCACGACCAAUGA